AUGUGUACAUUUGGUGGAAUUCUAACUGAAUAUCCAUGGAUAUCUGUCGAUUCGUUUACACAAAACAAUUGUCAAACAUCACGUGUUUUCUUCAUUUCACAUAUACAUACAGAUCAUCUUCGUGGUUUAGAUGACGAAACGUUUUCGAACUAUGCCAAGAGCAAUCGUGCAACCCGUAUAUAUUGUUCAGAAGCCACACGAUAUUUUCUCUCCCAGUUAUCUGCAUACAAACACCUAUCACAAUUCUAUUCAGUUCUUAAUGUUGAUCAACCAUUUACCAUACAAAAUCCCGAGAAUGACAAUAGUUCAGUAACAGUGACUUGUUUUGGAGCAGGUCAUUGCCCGGGCUCGUUAAUGCUACUUUUCGAAGGUUUAUAUGGAACUGUUUUAUACACCGGUGAUUUUCGUCUUUAUUCUCAUCAAUCCAACCGUCAUCGUGUUAUACUUUCGAAAAAACGCAUCGAUAGUCUCUACAUUGAUAUGACAUUUUUUGAACCGUCAAUUCGUCAGUUACCUCAACGUGAACAAGCUUGUGAGAAGUUGAUUGACUUCAUUCAACAGAACCAAGAUCGACGCUUUUAUUUGAAAACAUCAGCGCGCGUCGGCUAUGAAUAUAUCUACAUGUCAUUAUAUCGACAUUUCGCAAUUCCUAUUCAUGUUAGCACAGAGCAAUAUCAUUUGUACGAUUGUUUACCACAAGUUCAACAAGCAUUGACUACAGAUGGUCAAAGCACAAGAUUACAUGCAUGUUGGCCAAGAUGUUCACAUACAAAUCCAUCAAUCAAGAUCGUACUUUCCGUUCUUUGGUUUACAUUACAGCAGCAGCAACACUUUCAAUCGCCGCUAAUUCAAAUCAGCAUUGAUUUCUAUCGUCUUUGCUAUUCUCUACAUUCGUCUUAUAACGAAAUAUGUACAUUUAUUAAACAAAUCUCUCCUACUCGUGUUCAUCCCAUUGCAUUACCCGAUCAUGUCACAUCCGAUCGAUUCAACGAACUUCUCAAGCAAUUAGGAAUCGAUCAGACAUCAGUGAAAAACUUUUCAUCGAAUAAUACCGAACAGCAGAUCAAACGACGAUACCAUACAAUAGAGAACACCAAGAUCAACGAUGAUGAUGAGCUCGACUUCGAUUGUUAUAAAAAUGAGAAGCAAUUAUUUAAACGAAUUACUAAUUUGCACCGAACCGUCACAAAAAAACCGAAGAUCGAUGAAUAA